AUGAGUGAACCUAAUGGCAAUUGUUUAUAUUGUUAUAAACCCAACACAGGAAGACAAUGGUGCAAGACAUGCGAUCCAGAACGCUUAGUUGAAAGUUGGAAUAUCGAAAAUAAUCACAUAAGGGAAUGUAUCUUAAACAAUACUGAUGUCGCCAUUAAAGAAAUAAAAAGUGGUUAUGAUAUAACCCUUGAUUUCAUAUCAAUGAUUGAAACUCAUCUUCAAUGCUUCUAUGAAGAUCAAAGUUAUGUCUCAAGGAAAUUAUUAAAAUUAUACGAAUCUUUUGAACCAUUUGAUAAGAUUCAGAUUGAAUCAAGUUACACUCCUCGUGAAGGUGUUUUUUAUAUUAGAAGAACAUUAGGUCUCGGUCAAUUUUCUAAACCGGAAAACUACAAAGAUCAUUAUAUUUAUUAA